CAGACGUGGAGGCAGCUCCCACGGCCGCUGGCAUCGCUGCUGCAGGCAGAGACCCUCCAUUGUCAGCCCUGGGGGGGCUGCCGGGGGCCAGGCCCUGCAUGGGGGUGCAGGGAGAGGCCCAGCAGCGCCAGGGUUGGGUUUAGGGGCUGUCCGCUGGGUUGGCUGGAGGAGCGGGGGGGGCACAGGGGGAGCGUCACCUGGGCUGGGGGGGAAUCCUGCGCUGCUGGGGUUCAGGUGGGGAGCGGGGUGCUGCCCCCUGAGCCCUCCGGGAGCAGGGGUGCCAUGAGCUCUCAGGAUGAGCAGUUGCAAGCAGCAGCCCCUGAGCCAGCGGCUUCCUCCGCCGAUGAUGGCAUGACCUGGUGGUACAGGUGGCUCUGCAGGAUUGCCGGGGUCCUCGGGGGUGUGUCUUGUGCCUUCUCUGGGCUCUGGAACUGUGUCACCAUCAACCCCCUGAACAUCGCGGCCGGUGUGUGGAUGAUGCUCAACGCCUUCAUCCUGUUCCUGUGCGAAGCCCCCUUCUGCUGCCAGUUUAUCGAGUUUGCGAACGCCGUCUCUGAGAAGGCGGACAAGCUGCGGCCCUGGCAGAAAGCUGCUUUCUACUGCGGGAUGGCUGUGUUCCCGGUCGUGCUCAGCCUGACGUUGACCACGCUCUUUGGAAAUGCCAUUGCGUUUGCCACCGGCGUGCUUUAUGGCAUGUCAGCGCUGGGGAAAAAGGGAGAUGCCAUCUCCUACGCUCGGAUCCACCAGCAGCAGAAGCAAAUGGAUGAAGAGAAGCUCACGGGGACCGUGGAGGGAGAGGCUCCCUGAAGCACACGAGCUUGUGGUAACCUCUCCUGGACACUGAGAUGGUGAAGAUACAGAAAUCCACAAUGCCCUUCCCUCUGCCCUCUCCCCUCUCCAUUACACCACGAUUUCCCUGGACACUACAGCAACUGUAAAUCUCAGGGUCUGGGCCAGGCUGUGCCCUCUUCUCACACCAGCAGCCAGACCUCAGCACGUUGGACCCUCUCUCCUCUUCAACCCUCACCCAAAUAUCUCACAGUCCCUCUACUUUUUUUUUCUUUUUUUUUUUUUUUUUUUCUUUUUUUCGCUGCAGAGGUGCUGGCUCUUUGAGUGCUGCUUUACAAGCCUGAAUAGGUAGCCUUUCUUUGGAGUGACACCUGAUAACGAGUCGAGGAUGCAGUGCUCAUUUGGGAACUGCUCUCUGGAUGGGGUGAGGAGGGACAGAGCUGACCUGCCAGCUCCUUGCCUGCGCUGGUCUCAUCGGAGUCAGGGAGCUGCUGGCCUCGUGCCUGGGGGUAACCUGUCAUUGCACGUUACACGUUUUCAGUAACACUCUCUGGUGUGGCCCUUCCCAGGUAUAAUAUACUAAUCCAGGGUUUAGCACUACAUGGUGAUGCUUAAGCUUGGUCUUCUUCCAUUGAGUAUAUUUUAAUAUGGGUCCAGUUAGGCCAGGCAUCGGAGGCAUCACUGCAUGGGAAAGGACUUCCAGCAAAAAUCCCAUCUAAAGACAGUGACCACCCCUGCAGAGGAGCUGCCAGAGGUGCUGGGGCAGAUCCUGGUACCUACAAAGCACGGUCCCUGCUUCCUCUGGAUACAGCUGCAGGCAGUUACUGCAAUUUACUAGAAUUAUAAGAAUUAACUACUUUGUCUUAAUAAGGGUACUUUUCUUAAGCUUUGCUCUUACUGGGGAAGAAGGGAAAUAAGGUUUGCUUUACCUCAGCUGAAAAAGGGUACUAUUGCUUGAGCCAAGUGGGAUUUUUUUGCUGGUGUAAGUGUUACUGACGUGCAAGAGCAUCCUUCUCUCAUGAGCCUGGGACUCUGCUCUCUUAUCUCUCACUCCCUGCAUCUGCUCCUGCUCCCGUGACCCAUCCCUCCAUGCAAGGGACCUGCUCUUUGUUUCUGUCUGGUGCAGCCUUUCUCUUUGGGCUGAUGUUCUUUUUGCAUCAGUCCUGGGCUGGUGGUGUAUGGGAAGGUGGCAUAUCCUUCCUUUGCAAACAUAGAGAAGUCUGCACCAUUUCAGUGUGGAUAGCUGGGAUGUCUUGCUUCUUUAUUCCAGGCUCAAUUAGUAGUUUUCGUAUCAUAUUUUCUUUUUGCUUUGUGUCAUGCAGAACAAAACUGCUCGCUAAGUCCAGAUCCCCCUCUUCUCAUCAUGGUUUCUUCUGAGGGGUUUUAAUUUAUUUGUCUUUACAUGAUUGCUUUUUAUUUUGAUUAGUAAAAAGGAGAAUAAUUUAUUACUGGUUAUUUAAGUAUUUUGAUGGGACUCAUUUUCUCUGGACAUAAGAGAAAGGAGUGCUCUGUUUCCUGUCCUUCAAAGAACUGCCUCAUUUCACUGCGGGGCGGCCUCUCUGAACCCAGGGAGAGCCCUGACUGCUGUAACUGGGAUGCUAGAAUUAGGAUACCAUAAAAUCCUAUUUCAGCCUUCAGAGUGUUUCUCAUACUUUUGGAAAGUGGGUUGUCCUUGACCUCUUUGUCUUCUUCUGGGCCACUGACCUGACAAAGUUUGAUGUCCCUCUCUUCUAGGAGAGAGAAGGGAGGAAAACUGGGCUGUAACUGCUGGGCUGGAGGUUUGUACCCAUUCAGCAGCCCUGGGAGCUGAGCUCCCGCUGCCGCCGACACUUUGUGGUCCCAUUUGAAUCACUGGGGUACCAGGGGGGUCACGCUGCGGUCUGAGAAACGCCGCUGGAGGCCGGGUGCUGUCUGUCAGAAGGGUCUGCCUGUCCAGCUCUCUGCGGCUUCCGAGCCGUGCCGUGUUGGAAACUAUCUGUAUGACCUGUCCUUCCUCUGGGUACGGCGUGUAUUCGCGUUGGCCGAGCGACGCCAGCACAUCCCUGGCAGAGCCUGGGAUGGAGCCGCUGCCGGAGGGGGGAGGCUGCAGCGUGCGCCUUGCAGGGGGAGCAGAGCAGUCCCCGGGGACGGGGGGGGGCUAAGCUGCCAGCUCCUGCUAGCUGUUGUUUCUUCCCUUGAGUUUGGGGAGGUGUGAGGAUUUGCACCAGGCAGAAGCGCGGCUUGGGUUUAUUUACACACCCAGACCCUUGCAGCUGGAUGCUGGGCAGCCACUUUGUGCUAAGCCCUUUCCCCUCAGGCCUCUGAGCCGUGACACCGGCUUGUCUGGGACGCAGAAUAGGCGCUGUCAGCCCAGAGGCAGCUUGUUUCAAUAAAGGCUGUGGCGUUUUGAAGCCCCCAGCUCCGGGUGAGUCCCUGUUAUUGCAUGCAAUACCUGGGGCAUUGGCCUUCCUUGUGCACGUGUGAGGGGACCACGGCCUCCUGCGUGGGUGAUUCUGCCGGCGGUAAUGGGGUGCUGCAGGAGGAAGAUAGGGAAGCCCACGGGACACCUCAGGAUGAGAGCCUCUCUGCUCUUCGAGUGGUGUCCCUGUGCUGUACCUUUACCGGGUGGUUCAAGUGCAGAGUCCUGCCUAGCAAAUAGGACAUCUGCUUUGAUUUCAGGGGGGCUUGGGGAGUUAAGUAGUGUUUAGUAGAGGAAUGUUGCAGACUGAUGCACGUAGCUACGAGCAUGUCUUUGGUAGUGAUUGCUUUGCUCUGUGAGUAGUUCCACAGUAGCUUUAGUGACGGGAGGUGAAAGGCAAAGCAGAGGCGAUAGAAAUGCUUGCAGGUUCAUCUACGCCCGCGGUGAUGUUCCAUGGAACUGGUGGGACCCUCACUGGCUUCAUCUGGUUAUCCUAAUGCCAUGGACCAGCAGCAGACCCUGAGAUGCCAGCAGUGCUGUCGUGCUGUAUUUUGUGGCAGUUGGGUCUGACGCUGGGGCCAAAGCAAAGCAAACAAUCCGCACCUGCUCUGCCACCCUUAGCGGGUUCAAAGCUCAGCUCCGAGCUCAACGCUUUUAUUGAAAAUGAGCCUCAGGGACUCUUCUGUAAGAGCUGAGCUGGAGACUUUGUCCCCACUGCUUAAAGACACCAGGUCUGAUCAGUGUCUCUGUGCCUGCCGCAACAGGAGCUGUCUCAGAUCCGUGCUCCAAAGGUGCUGACUCCUACAGAUGCAUGGCCAGAGUGGGAGCUCUUGGGAAUUUCAGCUGCCCGUGAUGCAGCUGAAACCAAGGCAGAUGCUGCCAUCAUUGCAGACAGGGCCUGGUGACAGCACCCCUGGCUUUUAAGAGUAGUAGUGACGGUUGGUGGGUGGUGUCACCUCCAUGUGGACAAGAGACUGCUUUUGUGGAGAUAGAAAGGACCUUUAGAGUAGUAGCAUCAGAGUAGUUAAUGUGCCCAUUCACAGUGCAUGGUGGUUAUUAAUUGUGUUUAGAGGCAUCAUCAAGGUGCUUGGGGCUGUGUAAGGAAAAAUGGAGUUAAAAGCCCUGCUCUAGAAAUUUUACAGGCUCAACUCCAUCCCAACUGAUGGCAUCCAGGCUGGAUGGCUAAUCCUCGGGGUCUCUAUGGAAGAGGUUCUGCUUGCCAGGUCUUGGAAAAGCCUCUUGGGAGACAACGGGACGGAAGUUUUGUUAUGCAGGAACUCAAAAGCGGGUGAUGCAUUGACUACAGUGAGUUGUUGACACCGAGAGUGGAAAGACACCUGGGUACUGGCAGCACACGUGCACUUAGCAAUGGGCUGUUACACCAUUCACCAUCUGAGCUGUGCGCUUCCUACCCACAUGCAUUUAUACAGCGUGGGACUCUUCUGUGUCCCAGUCAAUCGUGAAGCUGACAGCACUUGUGCAUUUUAGCUGCUCUGGCCCCUGGGGCUGUCCAUUGGGCAGAAGCUCACUUUCUGCUGCGUACCCAGAUCUUGCUGCUCUGGGCAGGAGCUGAUUUUGUAACACCACCUGAUUCUGUCUGUGCAGUGAAUAAAAAUACUGUUCUACCUCUGGAAAGAGACACUGUGAUUUCUCAGACACUAAAUGUUAUAGCAAAAACCCUCAGGCUUCCUAUAUUGAAGAAAGGAGGUCACUCAGAAAAUACUUCUCUGAUGAGGUUCUCGCAGGACCUGAAGAGUCCAGCCUCCUUUCAUAUUCGGGCAUUUCCUCCUUACGCCAAGGCCUGGGAAGCUCAAUUCAUCUUUGUCAUUUUUUUCCUCAGGAAAAAACAUCCACUGUCUUCAGGGAAGGGUUUCACUGAAGUGAAGAUAUCAAGACCUGGUCCAUAGCCAUGUGAGAGAGAGAAUGCUCUAGCCUAGAGCUGCCAGAGAUCCUGAUCUUCAGAAGGUCAGUGGAAACCAAGGGCUCUUGAGACCUCUCAUAAUCAGGCCAUGCUUAGAAAUAGUCAUAUUCCAGCCAGGGCUGAACAUCUUUCUGGAAAUGGGUCUCAGCUGCAAAGGUUAGGUCUAAUACUGAAUUUUCUCUGUGGCUUUGAUUUUGGCCCAUCUCUCUUACUCUGUCCCAGGCUGCUUUAAAUUCAUCCUCUGGUAAAGCACCUCUUCUCUUAGGUGAUUUCUCUCAUCUCCUGCUGCAGGGGAUCUAAAUAGUAGCUAGCAUAUCUUGAGGUCUGGGUCAAAUAUGCCAUGUUACCACACACUCCCUUGUCACUGCAGGCUGAAUGUUCCAGGAAUGGGAGAACACAAGCAUCUCCACCAGCCCUCUGGGUGCCAAGUGCAUUUCAGGAGGUUGGACAAACGCUUGGGCAACUCAUCUACCUGUGUUGUUCUGUCCCUUUCAAAGGAGUUAGGUUGGAUGUGAUUCUCAGCAAGGCCAUUUGUUCCUUGCAGCCGUAACCCCCCUCCUACAGCUGUGUUUUACCUAGGGUUAGGCUCUAAAAAAUUUAAAAAGUCCUUAAUCUUGCAGGACACACAGGAAAGGGAUAAGAGCAAUUUGCUACUAACUAUGCAGUUGAAAUCUCAAAGUGAGGGAAGUGGAGGCUCCACGCAAAACCACGAUGGGGGCACACCCACCUUCCUCUUUGUGGAUGCAUAAAAACCUGUGGUGGGAAGGACCCACCCCAGUACAAAGUACUGUCAGUACCCACUGUGUCUUUCCUCCAGUGAAUCACUUGCACUACAGCUGAAUAUGUGUCUGUUCCUGUUCUUAGUUUUGUCCUGGAUUUUUUUUUGUGAACUGUAUUUGGUCUUGCUCAUUAGGCUUCUAGUGUAAUGUGUGGUUUUAGAGCAAUAAAAUGUGGCAGCUUUUUAUACAAAA